CUGCUCAUCUGGAGGAGACCCCUGUCAGGAAGGGGUGGUACUGCCCGUGUGGAACCCCCAGAACCCCUCUGUGGGGGACAAGGUGGCGCGGGCCAUCGUCUACUUCGUAGCACUCAUCUACAUGUUCCUAGGCAUGAGCAUCAUCGCUGACCGCUUCAUGUCGUCUAUAGAGGUGAUAACCUCCCAGGAAAAGGAGAUCACCAUAAAGAGGCCAAACGGCGAGACCACCACGGCCACGGUCCGGAUCUGGAACGAAACGGUGUCUAACCUCACCCUCAUGGCCCUGGGGUCGAGUGCCCCCGAGAUCCUGCUGUCCGUCAUUGAGGUGUGCGGCCACGGGUUCGAGGCUGGCUCCCUCGGUCCCAGCACCAUCGUGGGCAGCGCCGCCUUCAACAUGUUCGUCAUCAUCGCGCUGUGCGUGUACGUGGUCCCCGACGGCGAGACGCGGAAGAUAAAACACCUGCGGGUCUUCUUCGUCACCGCGGCCUGGAGCCUGUUCGCGUACAUCUGGCUCUACCUGAUUCUGAGCGUCUUCUCGCCCGGAGAGGUGGAGGUGUGGGAGGCGGUCCUCACCUUCCUCUUCUUCCCCCUCUGCGUGGUCCAGGCCUGGGUGGCCGACCGGCGCCUUCUCUUCUACAAGUACGUCCGCAAGCGCUACCGCACCGACAAGAACCGCGGCAUCAUCAUCGAAACCGAGGGGGGCGCGGACCUGGGCGGGGGCGGGAUGAUGGGGCUGAACUGCCACGGAGGGAUGGACGGGGGGAUGAUGAUGGAGGAAGGAGGGGCGAAGGACGAGGAGGACGAGGCGAGGAGGGACAUGGCGCGGACGCUGAAGGAGCUGAAGCAGAGGCACCCCGAUAAAGACAUGGAGCAGCUGAUCGAGAUGGCUAAUUACCAGGUCCUGGUGCAGCAGCAGAAGAGCCGGGCCUUCUACCGUAUCCAGGCAACUAGGAUGAUGAUCGGAGCGGGGAACAUCCUCAAGAAACAUGCCGCAGACCAGGCACGCAAGGUGGUGAGCAGCCAUGAGCCGCACGCCCAAGAGGACGACCCCAACACCACCAGGAUGGAGUUCGAGCCCUCCCUCUAUCAGUGCUUUGAGAACUGCGGCUCUCUCAAACUGACUGUUGCCAGGCACGGAGGAGACCCCGGCGUUACUGUCAAGGUGGACUACCGGACGGAGGACGGCACUGCCAACGCGGGUUCAGACUAUGAGUUUGCAGAGGGCACGCUGCUCUUCAAGCCUGGAGAGAACCUCAAAGAGAUCACCGUUGGGGUGAUUGACGACGACAUCUUUGAGGAAGACGAGUAUUUCUACGUCCACCUCAGUAACCCUCGCGUGGUUGGCUAUCCCGAGCAUGGCUCCACCCCUCUAGAUUCAAGCACCACCCCUAAAGCCGUGCUGGGCGACGCCCACACCGCCACGGUGACCAUCUAUGACGACGACCACGCAGGUAUCUUCACCUUUGAGAGCGCCAGUCAGAGGGUGAGCGAGAGCGUCGGGGUCAUGGAGGUGAAGGUCCAGAGGACGUCAGGGGCCCGGGGCCUGGUGGCCGUCCCCUACCGCACCCUGGACGGCACAGCGAAGGGCGGGGAGGACUACGAACUGGCCGCCGGGAAGCUCGAGUUCCAAACGAUGAGACCAUGUGAGAAAGUCAUCGAGGUGAAGAUUAUUGAUGAUGAAGAAUAUGAAAAGAACAAAACCUUCACCAUAGAGCUGGGAGAGCCCAUCCUGCUGGAGAUAGGGCAGAAACAUGGUUGGUUUGCCUCUAACAAGCCGUUAGUAGGGGCGGAGGAGGAGGAGGUCGCCAAGAUGGGCUGUCCCAGUCUGGGCGAACAUACACAAGUGGAGGUGAUCAUCGAAGAGUCCUACGAGUUCAAGAGCACAGUAGAUAAGCUGAUCAAGAAGACGAACCUCGCUCUGGUGGUGGGAAGCAGCAGCUGGAGAGAGCAGUUUGUCAGCGCCGUCACCGUCAGCGCGGGGGACGACGAUGAGGAGGAGAGUGGCGAGGAGCGGCUGCCGUCCUGCUUCGACUACAUCAUGCACUUCCUCACCGUCUUCUGGAAGGUUCUGUUCGCCUUCGUCCCGCCCACCGAGUACUGGAAUGGCUGGGCCUGCUUCAUCGUCUCCAUAUCCCUCAUUGGCGUCCUGACGGCGGUCACCGGCGAUCUGGCGUCCCACUUCGGCUGCACGGUGGGACUGAAGGAUUCGGUGACGGCCGUGGUGUUCGUGGCACUGGGCACAUCGGUACCAGACACAUUCGCCAGCAAGGUGGCGGCCAUCCAGGACCAGUACGCUGACGCCUCCAUCGGCAACGUCACCGGGUCCAACGCCGUCAACGUCUUCCUGGGUAUCGGCGUGGCGUGGACCAUAGCCGCUGUCGCCUGGCGCUCCAAGGGCCAGCCAUUCAGGGUGGACCCGGGCUCCCUGGCCUUCUCCGUCACGCUCUUCUCCAUCCUGGCCGUGGUGUCCGUCAUCACACUGCUCUACCGCCGGCGGGCGUCGGUGGCUGGCGGGGAGCUGGGCGGCCCGCGGACUUGCAAGAUGCUCACGUCGCUGAUGUUCGUCACGCUCUGGCUGAUUUACAUCCUGCUGGCCUCGCUGGAGGCCUACUGCCAUAUACCGAGCUUCUAA